UUUUGCAAUCUUUCGUCGCUCAAAACAAUGUGCUCAAUUGUGCUGGCCGCCCGCCCUUUGCUCGCAACCUCAAUCCGAUUAUUCAGCUCCGCCAUUGUGAAAAGCAUGGAGAAACAUGAAGUGGUUCCCGAUGUAAUUCCCGUGGCCCCGGCCGCUGUGGCCAAAGUCUCCUACCCCAGCGGAGCCGUCGUCGAAGAGGGUAACGUGUUAACACCGACGCAGGUUAAGGAGGUAGAGUGGAAUGCGGAGGCCGGCUCCCUCUACACACUCUGCAUGACCGACCCGGAUGCCCCGAGCCGCAAGGAGCCAAAGUUCCGCGAGUGGCACCAUUGGCUGGUCGGCAACAUUCCGGGCAACGACGUUGCCAAGGGCGAAACCCUUUCGGCGUACGUCGGAUCGGGGCCGCCGCCCGACACCGGUCUUCAUCGAUACGUGUUUUUGGUGUACAAACAGAGCGGCAAGCUAACCUUCGACGAACUCCGGCUCCCCAACACGAGCGGCGACAAUCGCGGCGGAUUCGCCAUUCGGAAGUUUGCUGAAAAGUACAAGCUGGGCAAUCCGGUGGCCGGAAACUUGUACCAAGCCGAAUGGGAUGAUUACGUGCCUUUGCUCUACAAGCAGCUUGGUGGAUAAAGAGAAAAUUGCAUUUAAUGAUUUAAUGGAACAGUUUCGGCCUUCGCAAAGCGUUACGCGUGAAAUUGCUAGAAGUUGCUAGAAGCAUAAAUCAAAAUGUAAAAAAAACAAAAAGAGUAAAAAUAAACUCCACUGAUAA